AUUCGUUCCUUUUAAUUAGAAAGCACAGAGACUGUCGAAAUUUGAUAUAUGAUGUCUUGGUCUAAUCAAAAUAUACGUAAAUGAAAUACGAUAAGAUAAUUGAAAGAGAUACUUGUAUAGCAUGUUCGCUAAUAGUCUUACUUGCCCUAAAGCCAAUCAAUUAAUUAGAUUGUUAUUAUGCCAUCGUUCAACAGUCUGACAUUGAUGAUUCCGAUUAUGCGGCGCAUAUCCCGGAAGCCGAGAUGAUGGCGCAUGGUCGAAUAUCCGGCAGAGUAUACAGGGAAUAUUUGCAUCGCGGAGGCAACUGUUUCACCCUGUUCAUUCUGCUACUGCUCUUUAUCAUCAGUCAGGUUGCCAUCACCGGGACUGAUUACUGGCUAUCGUACUGGACCAACUUGGAGAAUGUCAGGUGCAUCAAAAACACUAGUGACAUUAGACAGUUCGCAAACAUGUACAACGACAGAUUCCUUGGGUCGAUCUUCACGCUGAACCCGGACGGUCUGCUCAGUACUGUGGAUGCCAUAUACAUAUACACAUUCUGCAUCAUCGCCUCCAUAGCCACCGUUCUGCUCCGCAGCUUCCUCUUCAUGAAAAUCUGCACACAGUCGAGCUGCAACCUGCACAAUACCAUGUUGUCCAGUCUAUUGAAGGCACGCAUGUCCUUCUUUCACGUCAAUCCUUCCGGGAGAAUUUUAAAUAGAUUUUCAAAAGAAAUUAAUACUGUCGACGUGCUGCUGCCCAAUACAAUGUUGGACGCGAUUCAGUUGUGUUUCACAUUGAGUGGUAUAAUGAUCAUGGAGGCGAUAAUUAAUCUCUGGAUGCUGAUGCCGAUAGCAGUACUGGUCGUCUUAUUAUACUUUGCGACGAAACUUUAUAUGAGAUUAGCUCAGAACAUCAAACGUCUCGAAGGCAUAACAAAGAGUCCAUUGUUCACGCACGUGAAUGCCACGCUGAACGGUCUGCCAACGAUCAGAAGUAGUGGCGCCGGAAUCGAGAAGAUGAUGCGAAAACAGUUCGAUAUGUUGCAAGACCGGCAUAGCGGCACGUGGUACCUUUUCUUAACAUACGGGGCAAUCUUGGGUCUCUUUACGAAUAUAAUCAUGUGUCUAUUCAUCGCUUUGAUUACCAUCUCUUUAGUUCUGAUAAAUGAGAACGAGAUGGUAGACGACAGCACAGCAGGUCUGGCGAUAUCACAAGCUUUGGUCCUAACCGGUAUCUUGCAAUACGGCAUAAAACAGUUCUCCGAGACGAUGUCGCUGAUGACAUCCGUGGAAAGAGUCCUCGAGUACACGAAUCUUCCUCAAGAAAGAUCAAUUACCUCGGACAGUCCACCGCCGUCUACAUGGCCGUCUCAAGGACAAUUGAUUCUAAAGAACGUCAGCAUGAAGUACCACAAAGACGAUCCACCGGUCCUAAAGGAUCUGAACAUAUCCAUCGAGCCGGGAUGAAAAGUUGGAGUGGUGGGACGAACUGGCGCCGGCAAGUCCUCGUUGAUCUCAGCACUUUUCCGUCUAUUCAACGAAUAUUUUGAGGGCGAGAUUAAGAUCGACGGUCGGGACACGAGCACGGUAGGCCUGAGCGACUUACGCUCCAAGAUCUCCAUCAUACCACAGCAACCGGUGCUCUUCUCCGAGAGUCUGCGCUAUAAUCUGGACCCGUUCAGUCAGUACGACGAUAUGAAGCUGUGGGAGGUGUUGCGGCAAGUUGAGCUGAAUCAUGUUGCACUGGAUCAUGAUAUUCUGUAUGGAGGCCGUAAUUUUAGUGAUGGUCAGAGGCAGCUCAUAUGUCUGGCCAGGACUAUCCUGAGGAACAAUCGCUUGCUGGUUCUGGAUGAAGCCACGGCGAAUAUUGAUUCGCACACCGAUGCUUUAAUUCAAGACACUAUAAGGAGGAAUUUUAAAGAAUGCACCGUCGUCACGGUAGCACAUCGUUUAAAUACCAUUAUAGACAGCGAUCGGAUUAUUGUGAUGGAAGAUGGCUCCAUCGUGGAAUUCGGUUGCCCUUACGAGCUGUUGCGCGAAAAACCGAACGGCUACUUCUCACAAAUGGUACAAAAGACGGACAAUCAGAUGGCACAGAAUCUUUUGGAACUGGCGAGAAAAGCUUGCGAGAAACACGAGGAUCAUUACCAUUUGAGGUUAUCGCAACGAAAUACUGAGAACGAGAGCGAGGCCACAAUUACAGAAGAGUCCGCUUUGUAGAUUUCUUUUGGCUAUUUUUUUAAUUAAAAAAGGGAAAUGUAUAUUUUAUUGUAUA